AUGAACAAUGUUCACAGCACAAUUGGUGGCAGAGGGAAGAGAUCGAAUGAAGUCUGCAACUGUGUUGAAAGCUUGCAUGAAUGCCCAGCUGGUCGCCCCGGACCAGUAGGAGAACCUGGUAAAAGAGGUAGUGACGGAAUUCCUGGAACUCCCGGCCACAAAGGUUACGAUGCUCAAAAAAUUUCCUACGAAACACCAGUCAUAGGCUGUACACUGUGCCCUAGUGGACCACCUGGUCCACCUGGUUUUGAUGGGCCAGUCGGAUCACGUGGUGAAGUAGGAUGGCCCGGAGCCAUAGGAGUUGCUGGGAGACCCGGAGUUUACGGCAGACCAGGACAACAAGGUGAGCAAGGGAUACCAGGCAAUCCUGGGCACCCGGGACUGCCAGGACAUCCAGGCGCUAACGGCAUUAGAGCACGAGCUGCCAAGGGACCUCGCGGCAGUCCAGGUCCGAUAGGUCGUGUGGGUGACAGCGGGAUAAAUGGCCCGGAGGGCACAAGUGGAAAUCCAGGAAAACCAGGUCUCGCCGGUCCACCUGGUAAGGACGGUGAACGCGGACCCAAUGGGGCUCCGGGAUUGACAGGGGAAGCUGGGCCGCCGGGAUUAGAUGCACAGUACUGUGCUUGUCCGCUAAGGAGUUCUCGUACUGAUCUAUAUGAAGCCGAAACACUGCCACCAACUCUUUCCACAGAAGCUGUAGGUGUCAUUGCUACAUAA